AUGAACAAGUCGGACCUUUUCGCAACGAUGGAAGCAAAAAUUGAACGGGCCCGUGAUCUCCCCGCAAAUAAUGAAGGUGUCGACCUGGUUUUCAAACCCGGCGAACGAGGUAGCUCGACUGAGCUUGGGAAAAAUGAAGGUAGUGCGAGCGCGUCAGCACGCGUCCGUAAUGUCUUCGGAGGUGCAGAGACAUUCACAGCGAAUUCCUCGCUCGGCACGACAACCAAACGCGCAUUCCGUGCUUCCCUGGUGACGCCCUUAACAUCCGACCUCGACAAAUUCGCGGAGUUGGCGGCUAGAUAG